UUUCGGUAGAACCAGAGAGAAAUCUUCUCUCUGCUUUCAUGUGUUUUCCCGCGGAUUUUGUUAGGACUGUCCGAAAUAUAUUUUGUGGUGUGCUGUGUGGUGUAGAAUUAACGGUUUAACAAAAUAUGGAAGACAGUGAUUGUAUGAUACAAGGAGUCACGCCAAAGAAGAGAAAGAAAAUGAGACAGGCACAACUAUCAUUCCAAACGUUGAGUUCUUCCAAAUCACCAAACAGUACAGAUAAUAAGUGUAACAUGAAAAAGAGAAAAAUAAAAACGCCUUUGAUAGGAUCUAAAAGCUCUAAGAUGAUAAAACUUGCAACAAAAGAGAAUUCGGUCAAAAAAGUACCUGAGAAGGAAAGAGAAAGUACAAGUGAGAAAGAGCUUGAUAUUAGUAAUGAUAUUGUUAUAUCAGAUGACGAAAAGAAUGACCUGAGUCAAAGUGAUCAACAAAAUACUAGGAAAAUCGAUAGUACACCUAAAAGAAACAAUGUAGGAAAAAAUAAGAAACAGGAUAAAUCUCAACAAAAACCUGGUGCCUUAACUAAGUUUCUUAAAAAAACAGACAAGGAAUUUGAAAAAAGUGAUGAUAUCAAUAAUUUAUCAGAACAAAAAAGUAGUGAUGAUAAUAAUUUACCUGAAUUAAAAGAUAAAGACUGUCAAGAUACAUCUGUACAUAACGAAACAAAUGAAGUCUGUACGAAUGAAAGCUCAGACACACAAUGCAUUCGAUCUGAAUUAGAUACGUCUCAACUAAGUGAAAUAGAUGAUAGUGUUAAUAAGGAUACAGAUCUUUCUCUUCGAGAAACAGACUGUGAUAUUACUAUUUUAUCUUCGGAUAACGAAGCUUUGAGCGAGUUAGAUAAAUCAAUAUCAAGUAUAAAUAAAGCAACUGACAAACCUACAUCUCCUGUGACUCCUACAACUCCGAAAACUGACAAAGAUAAAAAUCAAAUUAAAAAAUUAACACCGAAACAAUUACAAAGGAGACAGGAAAUUGUCAAAAAAAAAGAAGAGAAGCAGAGAUUAAAAAUGGAAAAGGAAAAAAAACGGGAGGAGGAAAAAGCAAAUCGUCGAAGAGAGAGAAAAGAGAAGCAGAGGGAAAAAGAAGAAAAAGAAAGAAUUGAAAAAGAACAAAAGAAAAAGGAAAAAGAACUAAAGGAACUUAAGAAACAAAUAGAGAUCGAACAAAAACAAAAAGAAAAGGAAGCAAAAGAAGAAGAACGGAAAAAGCGAGAAGAAGCAAGGGAAGAAGAGAAAAGAAGGAAAGAAGAGGAACGACUGGAAGCCGAACGCAAGAAGCAGAAAGCUGCUUCGAAUUUUGCGAGUUUUUUUGUUUCUAAAAAGCAGGAGGUUAAAUCAGCGGAGGAAGAAAGUGUUGUUGGAGUAAAAAAUUUUAUGCCUUUUGAAAUAAAGGCCGACAUGAAAAUCGCACCAAUUUAUCGAAGAAAGCUAACUGAAUAUGAUAAAUUAUUGUUCGAUGACAAAUGCAACAUAGAUUUAGAUAAAUCCGAAUUGUAUCUCGAAGAUAUUAAAAAAAGAAGAAUUGUGCCACGUACUUCCACCAAAACGUGGCCGUUGGAAGCAAAAGAUGAAAUUAUCCUGCUAGACGAUGACAAUGAUGACAGUUCCAACAUUAUAACGAACACGCAUAACUUGGAGAAGCACCGGCCGAAAUUACUGCAAUUCGACGAAAAUCGUCGUCCUCCGUAUUGGGGCACAUGGCGAAAACGAAGUAUCAUCAUAAAUUCCCGGCGGCCGUUUGCAAAAGACAAGAAAUUGUUCGAAUAUGAAAUUGAUUCCGACGAUGAGUGGGAAGAGGAAGAACCUGGCGAAUCACUCAAAGGAUCGGACGAUGAGAAAGAUGAGGAAAAUCCGGAAGAAAAUGAAUACGACGUCGACAAUGAGUUCAUGGUUCCUCAUGGAUAUUUGUCCGAGGAAGAAGCGCAGGCUGAUGAAGAAGAAAUGGAGGAUAUGUCGCCACAAACACAGAAGAUGAAAUUGAAGAUAUUGGGAGAACAAUUUGAAGCUGAAAGAAACACGAAAACAUAUAAACUUAAGCCAAGAAUAAUCGGAAUUAUUUGGCAGGGACCCGGCAAUUUAUUUCCAGAAUCUAUUCCCCCAAAAGUCAAAGAAUUCUUGUCGGCUCGGCAAGCUUGGGUCAACAAUAUACCGAUAAGUCGUAAAAAACUUUUGCGAUAAAUAGCGAGAAAGAGACUUCGAGAGCAUAUAAUAAUAAUAAUAAUCGUUAAUGACUAUUAUGUAGAAAGAAUCGAUCAUUAUUUCGGAAAAUAAAGUAAGGGUAUGGCAAAUAAUGAUAGAUAACUAGAUAACUAAACUUGCUUGAA